AUGAAUAAAACUGAGCUUGCGUUCAUCCCUCUAGCAGGCGCAGGCCACUUGGUUCCUGAAGUUGAGUUUGCAAAGCGAUUGUUAGAGCGAGAUGAUGGGCGUUUCUCAGUGGCUGUCCUUCACAUGGAUUCUAUUUUUACUAGAAAUGUUGUUACACAUACGUUAUAUAAAUCACUUGCAGAAUCUAAUACUCCAAUAAGGUUCAUCAAUCUUCCUCCUCCCAUAGACUUUUCUCCUUCAAAAGAUGCUCAUAAAUCUGUAGAAAAGCGUAUGCUUGAGUUCAUAGAUUCUCAUGAAACUUGUGUUAAAGAAGCGAUUGUCAAGCAUGUGAUUUCCCGUUCUAAUUCAGCUACACUUGCUGGGUUGGUAGUUGAUAUGUCUUAUACAUCAAUGAUCGAUGUGGGAAAUGAACUUGGUGUUCCUUCUUAUUUGUUCUUCCCUUCUACUGCAGCUUUUCUUGGUCUUAUGCUGUACCUUCCAACUCAACAUGAUGAAGUUGGAAGAGGAGUUGAAGAGUUUGAUGGCGAGUUGAUGAUCCCUAGUUAUGUUAAUCCAAUUCCAAGCAGUGGUCUGCUAGAAGUUUUGUUAACAUUCCAGGAGCUGGAAUCUCAUGCGGUUAAGUCUCUGUUGAAUGAUUUUGAUCAUAUGCCACCAAUUUACACGGUCGGACCAGUUAUUGAUGUAAAGGGACGUCAGAGUGAUGAGACAGAAAAAGCUGAUGAGAUAAUGAAAUGGGUUGAUGAUCAGCCUGAUUCAUCAGUUGUUUUCUUGUGCUUUGGAAGCCCGGGGAGCUUUAGUGAAGAACAAGUCAAAGAAAUUGGAUUUGGAUUGGAGCAAAGUGGGGUAAGGUUCUUGUGGUCUUUACGGAAGCCACCACCAAAUGGCGAAUUUGAAGGGCCUAGUGAUUACAAUAGUGAUAAUCUCCAGGAAAUCUUGCCAAAUGGGUUCUUGGAAAGAACAAAGGAAAAGGGUUUGGUGUGUGGACGGGCACCACAAAAGGAGGUGUUGGCUCAUAAAUCAGUGGGAGGAUUCGUGUCACGUUGUGGGUGGAAUUCAAUCUUGGAGAGCUUGUGGUUUGGUGUUCCAAUUGUGACAUGGCCUAUGUAUGCUGAGCAGCAGCUUAAUGCUUUCCAAAUGGUGAAAGAUUUGGGAUUGGCCGUGGAGUUGAGAGUAGAUUAUAGGAUCACUAAUGGGGAAGUUGCAUUGGGAGAUGAAAUAGGAAGAGCUAUAAAAUGUGUGAUGGAGAGUGAUAAUGAAGUGAGGAAGAAGGUGAAAGUGAUGAGUGAAAAGAGCAGAUUAGCAGUGAUGGAAGGAGGAUCUUCAUUUGCUGCAUUUGGACGCUUUAUUGAUGAUGUAUUAUGA